AUGUCAAAGAAUGCUGACAUCCUCAAGAAGUCAAAGACGAGCAUCAACACCAGCAGCAUUGCUCAGCUGAAACUGGUUGAGCACAACCCCAGCGAUGACCUUGAGUCACUGUUCUACAUUUUCUUCGAAUUCAUCUUGAAGUAUGGAGGUGCACAUGGUGCAGUUGCUCCGACUUGGGAUAAGGCAACUAUGCCAUGGGCGGAAGCUUACAGGAAUUUGGGUGCUACAAGCGGUUUGCUUGCCACCUUUUUGGCAAAGAAGGGUGCCAUGUCCGAGAGCGAUAUCCUGAUAGACAGGGUAUCAGACUACUUUUCAGAAUUCAAGCCCAUUAUUGACGAAUGGCGCACAAGAAUUUAUCAUAUGGAGUCCAAUCUCGACGGGGCCAUUGUUCACGAUCACAUCUUCCAAAUGCUCGUCAAAUUCAUUAUGAAACUUGACGAUGAAAAACCCACUCCAUUGCCCUCUCCAGUAGAUCCCCCUGGUGCUCCCCCCAGUGCUCCCCCCAGUGCUCCCCCUAAUGCUCCCCCUGGUGCUCCCCCUGGUGCCCCAAGUCAUACCAGUGCUCCCCCCACAGCAGGGCCUUCGCUCUGUCGUUCAUUAAGGCUCAGCACACUAGCAGGCCGGACCUCAUGA